AUGACAAUUGUUGUGAUUUCAGAUGAUAAAACAAGUAGCAGGAUAUCUAAUCCCUAUAAGCGUGCAAGUGAUGAUGAAGAGGAAGAGUCAGUGUCAGAUAAAGCCAACAAAGACAAAACAGAAGAAUCCGAACAACUUACAGAAGAACAAAAGUUGUUUGAAAUAGGCCCUGAUGGGAAAAUACGACUUAAGGGAAAGAAGAUAGACCUCAGCAAACUGACUAAAGAUCAACUGAGAGCUCUAGGAAUAGAUCCAAACCUUUCAGCAAAAGAAAUAGCUAAACAGUUGAAGAAAAUGUUUGGUAAAGAUGUACAAAUUACUGACGGUGAUGUGGUGAUUGGAACCAAAGCCCUUGGCGAUUAUAGCAGAGAAGUGAGUGAUGCAACGUUAGCUAGAGAUGCAAAUCUCGAUAUAGAUUCAUUGACUGGUGUAAGGCGUGUUAACGUUAUAAUGAGACGAGGAGGUGCAGCAUUACAACAACAUUUAGAAAAGGUGAUCAGUUUAAGCAGACUUGUUGACCAAUACGCCAAGGAUCUCGACGAAAGAGACGCGGAUAUAGAUUUUUUAUCGCACUAUCGUCUUGUGGAAAAGUCGAAGAUUGACACAUAUGCUCGAGCAUUCGUUGUGGAGGACAGUGAUCUUGAUACAGUUCUUAAAUGUCAUGAAGCAAAAAUUGCUUUGGAUGGAGUGCCAUCUAUACAACACAUUACCAACAAACAAAUGGAAUACGUGCUGAAGGUCCUUAAAAUAGAUGAAGCGACACUUGUAACAUUCAGAAUGUUUGCUGUGGUAACAGCAUUGUGUGAACGGGUAACACACAUGGAUACUCUUAGUCAAAGGUUGCUGGAGAUUUGCAACUUGGCAGACAUAGAGCGUAAGCUGGAUCUUUAUAAAGCUAUGUUUUACACUAAUACCGAAUCCGACCGGGACGCCAACUUUAUCACUUCCGAGUCCCUGAAAAUAGAGCUGAUUGCUGGUGGAUUAAACUGGAAACAGCAACAAUACAUCAUGGAGAAAAUGGAGCCAAAUGAUUUUGGAGACAUAUCAUUCCUUGACUACAUGUGCUAUAUCCCGCUGUUCCUAUCUAUGCAUGACAAUAUAUGUUUUAAUCCCCUUGAUAUGAGUAACCAAAAAUACACACAACCGCCUCGCGAACGGCCUCCGUCAGUACAGAGGGAUAUGAACCCGCUUGGAAGUCAUCUUACUAAAGAGUCAGCAUACAUGACCCGGAAACGUGCCAUGGAGAUGAUGCAGGGAACUAAUUCAAACGCCGUCCAGGUGUCCAAAAGUUAUAUGGACAUUUUGAACAAAUAUAAAAGCGAGAGAUAUACAAGGCUGAAGAAAUUCGAAGAUCAAAGGUUUUCCAGUAUGAAACUAAAAGAGAAGAGUUCGUCGCUAGACAGUAAAUCUGAUAUGAUUUACUGAUAUUUCGUUUAAGUCGCCUAAGCAAUUGUUUUUUGUGCAGAGAUGCCCAUUUUGAACGGAAAUAAAACCAUGUUUCGGAUCAUAUCAUACUGUAUAUAUCUUGAUAUAACUUUUUAUAGUAUAAAUGGCAUACUUUUGAUACGUUUAUUGAUACUGGCCACAGGGCAAAACCUAUAUAGACUAGAAUAUCUGCGCCUUGUGAGUCCCAUUUUGCAGUCUACCGGUGGCGUCUUUUCAUGUCAUUCGGGCUCAGUUGUGGUAUGGAGUCGAUAAUCUCACCCAAGGUGUUUUAUUUCAAACAAAACGGCCCUUUGUAAACAAUAGGUCAACGCUUGUGAGACACGCGGUUUCUAGCUUCUAAUUUGACGAAGUUAUAGAAGAUAUAUACAUGUACAUAUUUUAUACAUGACGGGACUGGAAAUAAUGUUUCGAGAUGGUCCAGGUCUAUACCAAUAGUUUGUGUGCAAAAUUUCCGAUCAUACGCUUAGUCCGUUUUUAUCCAGAAUUUUAAUUGUGAAAAUUGACACAAAUUUGAAAAGCGCUGCAACGCUUUCCACUUAUGUCGGGCUAAGAAUAGAAUAAAAUUACGAUUUUCGAUUUAUUUCUGAGUGUAUUUCUUAAUUGUCCUUUGCAUUUCUUAAAGUUUUAUGUUUUUAGACAUUUUGACCUCAGUGCUGUUCAUAGUUUUAUUAUGUUUUUAGUGUGUUUAAGUAUUACUAUAUCCGAAGACUUUGUUAUUUAAAGAAAAGAAAUAAAACAAACAAAAAUGUCUUAAGCAUUUGUAAAAAGUUUUUGCAGUCUUUAAUUCUUUAUUCUAAAAAAAUCAAUUUUUAAAAUAUAACUUCUUACAUGUUAAAUUCGUAAUUAGAUUUCGUUGUAAAUAAAUAAAAUUUGUCGCUGAUUUAAUCAAUGUAAGGUCUUUAAGUCACUCAGUAAAUUUGUAUUUGUGCCAGCAUAUGUUGUUUGCAUUCUGGGUUCAUUGAAGUGAAUUGUUUUAUCUGUUAGUGUAUAGAUAGAUUGCCAGUAAAGAGGCAGAAAAGUACUGUUGC